AUGUUUAGCUCGAACAUUUGCGCUUUCUCGUCCCCGUUAUCUCCUUUUCCCCUGUCCUUCUUCUCCUUCCCCCCUGUCCUUCUCCCCCUUUCCCCCUGUCAUUCCCUCCCUUUCCUCCUGUUCUUCUCAGCUCCUUUCCCCUUGUCCUUCUCCUCCUUUCCCCCUGUCCUUCUCCCCCUUUCCACCUGUCCUCCCCUCCCUUCCCCCCUGUACUUCUCUCCCUUCCGUUCCCUUCCUCUCAGCUCCCUUCCCCCCUGUCGCUUUCCUCCUUUCCCCCUGUCCUACUCCCCUGUUCCCCUUGUCCUUCUCUCCCUUCCAGUCCCUUCUUCUCAACCCCCUUUCCCCUUGUCCUUCUCCCCUUUUUCCCCCUCCUACUCUCCCGUUCCCCAUGCCAUUUUCCCCCUAUCCCCCUGUCCUUCUCUCCUUCCCCCUUAUCUUUCUGCCCUUUCCCCCCUUUCCUUCUCUCCCUUUCCCCAUGCCGUUCACUCCCUUUCCCCGUGUCCUUCUCUUCCUUUCAGUUCCCUUCUUCUCAACGCCCUUUACCCCUCUCCUUCCCUUUUUUCCCGUGUCCUUCUCUCCGUUUGUGCCCUUCUACCGCUCUCCACCCUCAUUCUCUCCCUUUACUUGCCUUCUUCUCAGCUCCCUUUCCCCCUGUCCUUCUCCCCCUUUUCCCUUGUCCUCUCCCUUUCCCCAUGCCCACAACUCGCUUUCCCUCUGUCCUUCUCCCCUUUUUCCCCCCGUCCUCUCCCUUUCCCCAUGCCGUUCUCCCCCUUUCCCCUUGCCCUUCUCUCCCUUCCGGUCCCUUCUUCUCAACCCCCUUUCGCCCUGUCCUUCUCCCCUUUUUCCCCCUGUCCUGCUCUCCCUUUCCCCAUGCCCUUCUCCCCCUAUCCCCCUGUCCUUCUCUCCCUUCCUUGCCUUCUUCUCACCUCCCUUAGCCCCUGCCUUUCUCCACUUCGCCCCCCUGCCAUUCUUUCGAUUUUGUAUGCUUCGUCCCCAUUCAUAGGGACGGAUGGUGAUCGCAAAGCUUGGCACGUUGGGUAUGAAGGGAUUCACCUGGCAUGCGGCCUCUGA